AUCAUUUUUAACGUUUGAAUUUAGAUUGGUCCGAAAGUUGUAAUUUUUUUAUUGAUGUGGCCGAAAUGUGAAUUUUUGUAACCAAAACUUUCGCUUGUGUGCUUGUUUUUUAUAUUUUCAAAUUCUGAAGUUAUCUAUUUAUCGAAUCGAUAGUAUGAAAUAGCCAAGUUCGCAAAGCAGCGCAGUGAGCCCAAAUUUAACCUCCUUUUUCAAAAAUCGAUCAAAAUUCAAGUACACAAUGGCACUUCUCCUAAAACCUGAAAAUUCCGACAACUGCUGCUGUCCACCUAUGCCAGAGCCUACCGAACCACGUCCCCCACCUGCACCGGAAUCGGACCUCGACAAAAAAUACUUCCACGAGGUAGGCGCCGAGAUGGUCGGCAAUCAACUAAUAAUCCGUAUGGAGAAGGACAAGACGAAGAAAAAUAAGAAAAAAGCUGCCUGGGAGCCACCCUGCGACUGCGACGUUAUCGAAAUCAAGAGGCCGACGAGCACGAAACCGCCCAGAAUCGUCAACGGCGGCGACAACAAUCAGAUAUUGUUCAGAAUACAUUCGAAAUCGCACUUGAAUAAAAAGGAGGAUCCGAACUACAAGCCUCAAGCUAUCGCUUACAAAAUCAACCGAUCGGGCACCGAUUCCUCCGACCGUAGCCGCAAAAUCACAGUCUACCCCCAGCUGGGCGGUCCGGUAUCCCAGGAGGUCUACACCGAUCAUAUCAGCGAGGGCGAGCACGACGUGUAUCUGCUUCGGGUGAAGAAAAAGAACGACGCAGUCGAGGGUGGAAACAAGCGCAAUUUGGAGGUGGAGCUGAAAACACCGAAGCCGCCUCUGAAGCCGGUAGCGGCACCUGUGGUACCGCAACCCGUUAAGUCAUCGGAGGCUGUAGCGCAAGAGAGAAAGGAUAAAGGCGCUGGUGGCGAGGGGGCGAAGGGUAAGAAGAAAAGUGAAAAGAAGGGGAAGAAGAAGAAAUGAUUUCUAGGCAGUGUUUGAUGUUGUUAACUUUUGCGUGUAACGUUAGAAAUUAGACCGAGGGUAACGGCGAAGAAACUCGACUGCUGAGUUCUAUUUGUGACUGAGAGAGAAAGACCCUGGAAGCACCAGGGGUGUCUGUACCUAUUGUUCCCAUAAUCGACCCUCAUUCAGAGUCAGCUCGAGCUUCGAGCUGACCAAACAAAAAUACCUAAAUUGCCACGUGCGUCUCUCUCAAUUUUUUUACGAUUAAUAUUGGCUGCCGACGCUUCCUGUUGUUCUUUGUGAAAUUUUGCCGCGCACAGCUAUGUAUCGAUGUUAUACAGUACGACAGUCGCAGUUUGCGCCUGAGUUGCUGCAGCAGUUCAGUCGUCUGUGCAAACACCCUCGAACUUUCUCACAGAAAAUAAAAAAAUAAUGUAAAAUCGA